CCAGGCUGGCAGAACCAAAGGCAGGCAGGCGUUGGGCGCCCUGGGAGAAAGAAGCCGCUGCCGCAAGCGGGGGACUCCCCCGGAGAGCUUCCUUUCACACAGUUUUUGCCCCAUCACCUUCAGGGACCGAUGAUGCCAUCCAACAAAUUGGACUCAGUUGCUCCAGUCUUCCAGUUUACCAACUGCUGGAUUUUGAAGAACCACAAACUGCAGAGGGAGGACCUGUGGGUGAGAGAAGGGCAGAUCCUGAACCCCGAGAAGCUCUUCUUUGAUGAGAAGAGACCGGCAGACGUCCAGCUCGACUGCAAGGGGAGCAUCAUUGCGCCCGGCUUCAUCGAUGCGCAGAUCAAUGGAGCUUUUGGAGUGGAUUUCUCUGUGGCCACGGACAACGUGGGAGCAGGCAUCUCGCUGGUCAGCCAGAAGAUCCUGUCCCAUGGGGUGACCUCUUUUUGCCCCACCUUGGUGAGCUCCCCCUCGUCUGUAUACCACAAGGUUCUGCCCCAGAUCUGCGUAAAAAACGGAGGGCUUGACGGUGCUGGAGUCCUGGGGGUCCACCUGGAGGGUCCGUUCAUCAGCAAGGAGAAGAGAGGGGCUCAUCCUGUGCAGUGCCUUCGCACCUUUGAAAGGGAACCCUUCCAGGACCUGCUUGCUACCUACGGCUCCCUGGAGGGCGUCUGCAUCGUCACCCUGGCGCCAGAGCUAAAGGGGAGCGGCGAAGUGAUCCAGGAACUGACCAAGCGGGGCAUCUGUGUGUCACUAGGUCACUCCAUGGCCAAUUUGUCUCAGGCUGAAGAAGCUGUUCGGCGAGGGGCGACCUUCAUCACUCACCUCUUCAACGCCAUGCUACCUUUCCACCAUCGAGAUCCUGGGAUUGUGGGGCUUCUCACAAGUGACCAAAUCCCCCCAGCCCGGCAGGUUUUCUAUGGCAUGAUAUCAGACGGGAUCCACACCAACCCUGCUGCUCUGCGGAUCGCACAUCGGGCCCACCCCAAAGGGCUGGUCUUGGUCACGGACGCCAUUGCUGGGAUGGGUCUUGCUCCAGGCAGACACACGCUGGGCCAGCAGGUGGUUGAGAUGGAUGGGCUCAACUCUUACAUUGCAGGUGAAAAAUGCAAUUAAAAAACCCCUUCGGGGGGCUUAAAAAAAAAAAGGCGAGCUGUCUGUCCCCUACUGAUUAGCCACCUGGGUUCUUCUUUCUUGACAGGGUGCUCAGUGGAGACGGCUCUAGAGGCUGCUUCUCUCCAUCCCGCUCAGCUGCUGGGAAUCGAGGACAGGAAGGGCACCUUGGACUAUGACUCCGAUGCAGAUUUCUUGCUGCUGGAUGACCGUCUCCACAUCAGAGCUACCUACAUUGCCGGCCAGCAGGUCUGGAGGCACGACGCCUUCGUUCUCUGAAGAGACCAGAGCAGGGAGGAGAACAAGCAGCAGAAGAUGGACCCUGUCCAAUGGGGGGCACCUCCCAGACAAAGGCUGUUCCUCUCUGUCUCGCUCCUCACUGCGGGGAGCUGUCUAGGAAUGAACUGAGCCACCCAGGGCAGUCCUGACAUCUGGCCUGGGACAACUUUGCUAAGAACUCUUAUGAUUGAUUCGCCCUGGCCUUAGCAGGCUUGGGGUAGCCGCCUGCUCUGCUAUGCACGGGACAGCGAUUGAAACGGACACGCUCCCAUUCACCGUGGGAGGGCAGAGACCUGGGCCAGCCUUGCAGACAGAGCAACGGAACGAGCAAGCCUGCCACCACAGGGAGACGGGCCAUUUUCCACCCUCAGUGCCUGCCUCUCCCUGUUACCAUUGUUCAAUGUUAAAACGGCGCAUUGCCAACCAUUAAAGCCAGUCUAGGGCAUGCUGUGUGGGGGUCUAAUUCUAGGGAGACGGGACUUUAGCAGGUGCUUUUUCCCCUGGCCUUAAAGCCGCUUCUCUCCUUCUCCACCUCACACUUCCCCACCCUUUGUCACCAAGCCCUGAUGCCUCGCCAAGGGAUCACCGACUCACCUCCUUCUGCAGCGCC